CCGAACCUCAAUGAUCCAAGCAGAUGUGUGGCCAGACUUCCUUCCUCGCAGCCACGCAUGGCCUGUGAGCACCUGCUGCGCACGCACGUGGGCUGUGGGAAAGGCCUUUGCCUUGACUCAUGGCAGGCCUCGAGGACCGGAGCCCGGCGGAGGCCUUCGCCUGGCUGCUGGCGCCGCUGACGGAGCAGCAGUUCUUCGAGCGCCACUGGGAGAAGUGCCCACUGCACUUACGAGGCGCCGAUGCUGGCCGCUUUCGUGGGUUGUUGUCACAGCGGGUCAUCGAGAGCCGGUUGGCUUCCAAGCCUGGCUUGAUCUACGGGAAAGACAUCAAUCUGGCUAGAUGCGGAGCAAAUGGCGAGCAGAUCAUGUGUAACGGCACCGGCCGCGCUGGUGCCGAGGCAGUGCAGAAGAAGGUGCGUGAAGGCUGUUCGGUGCAGGUCGUGCACCCGCAGCGAUUUGGCAGUGAGGUGGCGUGUUUGUUGUCAAAGCUGGAGUCGCACUUUGGAUGCCUAUGGGGCGCGAACAGCUUCCGCACACCACCGGGCGGGAAAGGCUUUAAGGCACACCAUGAUGAAGUGGAGGUCUUCAUGUUGCAACUGGAGGGCGCCAAGCGUUGGCGCUUGCACCGAUGCCCAGAGGGCCCUUUGCCGAGAAGCUACUGCUGGGACUACGAGGGAAAGGAUCUAGGCGAGCCCUUGAUGGAGCUGGUGUUGCAGCCGGGCGAUUUGCUCUACCUGCCGCGCGGCACGAUCCACCAAGGUGAAGCCGUGGAGGGCCAUCCAUCUCACCAUUUAACAAUCUCCACGUACCAAAGGCACAGCUGGGCGGACUUUCUGGAGAAGGCACUGCCUGAGGCCUUGGCCCGUGCCAGCCAACAGCCAGGCGACAGCCUCUUCCGCGAAGGCUUGCCUUUGCGGUGCUGGUCCUACCUGGGAGAACAGUGCUGUUGCUGCUGGGAUCAGGACGAGGACGACGAGGCCUGGAGCGACUCCGACUCCGACGCCUCGUCGACGUACGAGUCAGUGGAUGACUCUGCCUGGUCGCCCAGCUCAACACUUCCCAACUACACCACUCCCAAAGCGGCCUUAGAGUGGGACUCCCUCUUCUUCACGCCUGAGAUGUUGGCCACGGGCCCAGGUGCUGGGGUGUUUGUCUGGGCUGGGCGUGAAAACAGCAGCGGUUGGUGGUUGGGGCGGUGGCGGUCCCUGGUACCGCCUUCUUUUGCCAGCACUGUCCCUGCAGCGAAGCAUACAGGUCUUUACGUGCUUUUUGGAGCUAAGGCCAAGCCAAAAGAGGGCACUGAGAUGAGAGUGAGCUUCAUCUCCACUUUCUGUGUGGGCAGGUUCUGCUCCAACCUUUACUCCAGCUGA